AUGGAUGCGACUGGCGCUGCCAAGACGACGGCGAAAACGGAGAGCACCCUCCGCAUCGCUACUGCCGCCCAGGCCAUCGUCGACGAUCUCAAGAAGCUCAAGUUGGGGCUUGAGAUGCCUACGGUGCUGCAGACCUCCGCCGAGGACGGUCUCAGGAAGAGCGACAACAAGGCGCUGGACAACCUGCUGCUGCGCAAGAUGAUCGUGGUGCCAAGCUCCGAGAUCUACGGCGGCAGCGGCAACCACAAGAAGUCGGCGGUGCUCAGCAUCCAGACGGCGGUCAUGGACUCAGACACUCUGGACCGACUGCUGGCGGGCAUGUCACUGCUCGAGAUCCUGGAAGACGUGGCGCGAGAUGUCAAGCCGUACAAGGUGAACCUGAUCUACCCCGCGACGGAGCAGCAUCUGCGCAAGCACGCGGACCGUGCUAGUGGAGACCAAGGGGGCCUGCUGGAGAUUGAGUGCACGAACAUCAUGCCCGAGGUGGUGCUCAAACGACGAUAUUUGGGCAAGUACCCAGACCCGAGCCAGGAGGAACGCGAGAAGUACGAGAUGCAGGACACCAUGGCCGAGUCAUACUCGCCCGAGGCAAUCCACGAGAUCUUCCAGCACUUCCCCAUCUCGUUCAACCUCAUGUUCAAGUGCACCAAUGGCUCCCAGGGGGGACAUACUGGCUACCUGUGUCCCGAGACGACCCAGGGCAUCUUCCUCAUCUUCCGCUGUCUGCUCGAGUAUAAUAUCAGCAAGUCCCAGCAUGCCUGUUGUCAACGAGGAGCCGCCACCACGGCGAUGAGGAGCAUGUACGCGCGCUGCGCCCGCAAGAUCAGCAGCGUCAAGAAGAUGGACCUGACAGCCAUGCGUGGUGAGACGUCCGAGCUCAACUCACCAAUAAACAGGUGUGCAAAGGUUGCUGCGGACACGGACACGCAAUACAAGGCGAGCCAGGGCCGCAUGCUGAGCCUUGCUGAGCACGUGCUCACCAUUUUCGUGCGCAUUCGCAGCGUGUACAUGCAGGUGGAGUCGGAGAGUCUGCGUCUGCGUCGGCCGGUGCUUCUGCUGCUGGUGGGGCAAUUCGCGCUGGCGCGUCGGUGGAGAGGAGGUGAGUAUUAUCGAAAAGGUGAUCGCUGCGCCGACACCUCGGUGAUGAACAGUCUGUACGAAGCUCCGACCCAAGAUGAGCUGCGUCAAGGUGAUGACGAUAGCGACCAUGGGCAAAAGGCGGGCCAACAGGUGCAGCAGGAGGACGAGGACCUGGUGAUGAUCAUCGCGUCGGACGACGAAAUGUCCAGUGUCGAGGGCAGCUCGGACUCGGAGGACGAGCAGGAAGGCGCGGGGCUCAAGGGCGCCGAGAACGAGAUCGCCGAGGACUUUAAGUUCGACGACGGCGGCACCUUCCACACGUCAGGCGGCAGCUCGUGGGACUUCACGGCCGCCAUCUCGCGCAUCGAGAAGAUGGCGAGCGGCACCCCCGCGGCCACCAGGCGCACGCCCAUCCAGGCCAAGAUCGAGAAGCGCCGCAAGAAGGAGACCGAAAAACCGGCCACGAGAACGAGUGAGGACGAGAUGGAGGAGAAGUCGGAGUCCUCUGAUGACGAGAAGGAGGAGCAGGAUGUGGAAGAGGACGAUGUUGUCGUGGAGGAGGUGAAGCGUCUCCAAUCGCUGCUGGAAGAGCUGGUGGACGCGUUGGAGAAGAAGGCUGCCGAGUUCUUCGGGACGGACCCUUUCGCUGCCAAGGAGUUCGGCAAGACCAAGUUCAAGCCUUUCGCCGACUUGAAGCUCACAUUGUCUCCGAAAAAACGGACGCCGAUUCCGAUCCCCAUCGCGCUCACGGACAAGGACAUCUGUGCCCAAACGGCUAGUGGUAAGACCGCUACCUUCUUGCUGCCCAUUCUGGAGCGUCUGCUGUUGCGUUCGCGUCGUGUGCAGUCCACGCGUGUCGUGAUUAUUUGUCCCGUGCGUGAGCUGGCGACACAGUGUCAGUCAAUGUUUGAGCAGCUGGCGUGGCUUAAUGAAGAUCUCACGAAGGUGUGCUUUAGCGUGUAG